AUCUCAACAACUCUCUCUCUCUCUCUCUCUCUGUCUCUCUCUUUUAUGGUGCUGUGCUGAGCUCUUUCUUUUUGUCUUCAAUCUCUGUCUCUGUCUCUGUCUCUGUCUCUGUCCUACAUUCGUCUCAUCACCCUUCUUCACAAACCCUAAACCAUUUCUCUCAACCCAUUGCAGAUCAGAUGACCGAUUUCUGAUUCAUUUCGAGCUUUUGUAAUUCUUGAAGUGAUUCGAGGAAUUGAUGAGAAAAUGGAUAUUGAGAAACGAGCUUCGAAGGGAGGUUUUCUUCAGUUAUUUGACUGGAAUGUCAAAUCUAGGAAGAAACUGUUCUCGAACAAGUCUGAACUGCUAGAAGAUUCAAAGCAAGGAAAGGAAAAUGUUGCAAAUUCAAUGAUACUUUGUCCUCAUCUUAUGGAGGGGCAUGAGAGUGGGCCUGGUCUGAGUGGCAAAGGAAGUAGUGACUUUAAUUUUGCUUCAAGAGUGAGUGGUGAUGAAGGGUAUGGAACUAGGGCACCUGGUGUAGUUGCCAGGCUUAUGGGACUUGAUUCUUUGCCUAAUUCAAAUAGUUCCGAGUCCUGUUCUACCCCAUUCUGUGACUCUCCUUUUGUUAGAGGUUCUCAUUCCCAAAGGAGUACUUCCAAUUUUCAGAUGGAGUGUCACAUUGUAAAUGAAAUACCAAUUGACGGGAAUUCAAGGAAUCACGUAAAAUCAAGGAUUCAGAAGACACAUAACCUGCCAAUUGAGAGGUUUCAAAUUGAAACAUUGCCUCCAAAAUCAGCUAAAUCCAUUCCAAUUACCCAUCAUAGGAUGUUGUCCCCUAUCAAGAGUCCUGGGUUUGUCCCAACAAACAACGUUGCUUACAUAAUGGAGGCAGCUGCCAAAAUUAUUGAGCAAGGUCCUCCGUCAACACGCAAGGGUAAGAUGCCACACUUUGGGUCUUCCUCAAUUCCCUUGAGAAUUCGGGAUUUGAAAGAGAGAAUGGAGUCCACACCAAAAGCAUCUCGAAGGCCUAAAGAGCCCAAUUCUGUUAGCUACAUGAAAGGACAGCAUAGUGAGAGGAACCAGAUGUUUGAUGCUUCUGCGGGUUCACUGAAAGAUAGUUCUGACAAUUUGAAGAAAAAGGGGAAAUCAGUAUCUCUUGCAAUCCAAGCGAAGGUCAAUGUUCAACGAAGAGAGGAAUUCACUUCAAGUAGUAUUAAAGGUUCAAUUAACCAAAAGGAAGGUAACGAGGUUAAGCUGGGUCAGUUUAAAAAGAACCAAACAAAUGUGCAAAAGGUUGUGCAGAAGAGGACUUCUAUGGGCAGGACUUCUGAUGUGCUCAGGCAGAAUAACCAGAAACAGAAUUGUGUGGCUAAUAAAGACAGGGUGGCUUCGAAAGCUUCAGUCUCCAACCAGCAAAACAUAAAGUUUGCCCUAUCUAGUAAUGGUUCUAUUGGGCCAAAUAAGGUUAAGAACUCGGUGGUUGGGUCUAGGAAGAUGAAUUCAGUGGUGAAGGUUUCUGGGAAGGAGCAUCAGUCAUCGAAACCAAAGAUUCUUUCUGGAAAGAAACAACCUGUCCAUAAGAAUAUUAACUUUCAAAAAAUUGUUGCUAAGAACGUAGUGAGUGAUAAAGAUCAAACGUCUGUAAGAUGUAAUGUGGCGAGUGAUGGUUGCAUGAGCUGGGACACAGUUGACAGGCAAAGCAGCAUGGAUGUUGUUUCUUUUACAUUCACGUCUCCCAAUAAAAGAUCAGCUCCUGGACUCACGUCCUCUGCACCACUCAUGGAAAAGAAUACCCACUUUUGUGUUGAUUCUUCUGAUGACAAUGAUCCAAAUGAGUUAAAAAAGUUGUCUUCUUUGGGAUUGAAUGUAAUUGGCGGAGAUGCUUUGAGUGUCCUUCUUGAGCAAAAGCUCAAGGAAUUAACAUGUAGAGUUGAGUCAUCUCAAUGUAACCUUGUCGAAGCAGGGAGUGCUGUUUGUUCUGCGCUUGGUUUGCAAGAUUCCCUGUUCACUCUUAACAUGAUAAACACCGUGUCACCAAAACAUGAAAAUAGCUUUCAACUUAAUCUGCAUGAAGAUAAAUCAAGCCGCCUAUAUGACAUUGAUUGCUCUUCAGUUGAUAAGCUGCUCAAAGCUAAUCAAAAGUGCCAGGGGUUGGAGGAGCUGGAAGGGCACAGCAGUAGCAGCAACAACAGUGGACGUGGAAAAGAACUUGAUUGUCAGUAUCCUAGUCCAGUUUCAAGUCUUGAACCGUCUUCCUCUGGUGGAAGUUGCUGCUCAUCAGAUAGCAAAACCAGUUCAAUUACCAAUGGUAAAAGCAGCAAUCAGUUUUUAUUGGCCAAGCACCUACCAGUGGAAGUUGAGACAGAGUUAUCAGAUUCAGCUUCUUCCAUGAGUGGAAAUGAUGUUACUGCUACUACAUUCAGUUUGAUAGAUUUCAAGAGAUCUUGCCAGUGGGAAUUGGAAUUCAUAACAAAAACUCUUUGUAAUGCAGAGUUGAUUCUCGAUGAUUUUGUGCUAGGCCAGGUCAACAAUGUGAUGACUCCCAAUCUGUUCGAUCGGUUGGAGAAUCAGAGAACAGGGUUCAAUGAAGAUGUAGAACAAGGCUGCUUUAAGCUUGGGCGGAAGGUUUUGUUCGAUAGUGUGAGUGAAUGUUUGGAAUUAAGGUGUGAGCGGUUCUUUGGCGGGAGCUUCAAAGCAUCAGUUAAAUGGGCAACAUUGUUUCAAAGGAAGGGGUGGUUGGCUGAGGAAUUGCAUAAAGAAAUUUCAAGUUGGGCAAGCAUGGGAGACUUGAUGGUGGAUGAGCUUGUUGACAAAGACAUGAGCUGUUGGCAUGGGAGAUGGGUUGACUUUGAAACUGAAGCAUUUGAAGAGGGUGUAGAGAUUGAGAAGGGGAUUCUAACUUCUUUGGUCGAUGAAUUGGUUGUUGAUUUAUUUUUUAUCUAAAUCUCUCCUUGAGAUGGCAAUCCAAUUUAUUAAUCUUGUAUUGUUUUCUAUUUUUUUUCCUCUUAGUGUAGAGAAAAAAUAAAUAUAUAUAUAUAUAUAUAUAUAUUUAGAGAAGACAAAAUAUCUAGGAAUGUCCACCAUUGUGAAUCCAUACGUAUAAUCUUUCAUUUGAGGCACAACCUGGUAUGAACAAUACCAAACAAUGAAAGAAAAGGGUUCCAUUUGGCGAAAAUCACAUUGGCCUCACUCAUUCCAUCUUUUUAAAUGGAAAUAUUUGGUUGCUUGACUGAAA